UCUUAACCAAAAAAACAAAAUCUUAUUACCCUCAGUUUCUUGUACCACUGUAGUUUCUGCCGUCGUGGCAACCACCGUUCACGGCUGUCCUUAAAUGUAGUAACUUCACAAUUUUGACAAGAAUAUUCCUUUUGAGCUUGUAAACCCAGAAAGCAGCAUAAUUUUCUCAAAAUCAACACCGAAACCUCUAAAUCUAAGCCUGAGACCUGCUGUUGCUAACACUUUAAACGCCACAUUCUGCCGUUAGAUUGUCGCUGGAUUUAAGAUGAACUGUCUUCCGGUCCUCCUCAAGGUGCGUUGACUUGGUCACUAAUUUUGAGCGGCGCUGGAAAUGUUCUGCUUGGUGGCUAUUUUCCAUCUCAAAUUCGUCGUUAUUGUUCAGUUACUGCUGCUGAUUUUUUAUCAAUCACUCUAUUCCAAUGCGGGCAUUGCACCCUUGUUUUGAGAUAUUUUCAAGUUGACUGCAUUUGUUACUUGGAAGAAACACGGAAAGGGUGAGUUGGGAGUAAAUUAUUGGGCAAGAUUACUGGUUAAUUACUAGAUUGGUGGAGGGAUUGCUGUGAUUCUUUCAGUGGGGUAGAUUAGGGCAGCAGAGAUGCCUCCUUCUCCAGCAUUGAGACACUCUCCAGCGAGGGAGCUUAUAGGGGGAACCCACAAAAGAUGGUGCAGUUUGGAGGGCGGGUUAAAUGUACACGAAAAAGAUGAUGACCUUGCUUUGUUCAAUGAAAUGCAGUCCAAAGAAAGGGAUAAUUUUUUGAUUCAGUCCUCGGAUGACAUGGAAGAUUCAUUUUCUACAAAACUGAAAUAUUUUUCAGAUUUCAAACUUGGAGUAUCUGUUCCUGUUCGAGGGGAGACUAGUGAACUCCUUGAUGCAGAUGAAGAGAAAAAUGACUAUGAAUGGUUAUUAACUCCACCUGACACCCCCCUUUUUCCUUCAUUGGAUGAUGAGCCACCUCCAGCUAACCAUGCUCGCAGGGGUAGACCUCGGACUCAACCUAUUUCCAUAUCAAGAUCAUCCACAAUGGACAAGAGUUAUAGAAGCAGUAGGGGCAGUGCAAGUCCAAAUCGUUUAAGUCCAUCACCUCGGUCUACGAGUAGCACACUCCAAUCUAGAGGAAGGCCAUCUUCAGCACCUCAGUCCAGUCCAAUAAGGCAAUGUUCUCCAACUCGAAGACCAUCUCCUUCCCCUAGUAGAUGUUCAACACCCUCUCAAAGGUCUUCCACACCUACUCCUCAAAGGACAAGCACAGGGAGAAGGGGAGCAUCUCCUAUAAGGACAAGUAGUGGAAACUCUACAUCACCAAAAAUAAGGGCUUGGCAGUCAAAUAUCCCCGGUUUCUCCUUAGAUGCACCACCUAAUCUUCGUACUUCUCUGGGUGAUCGACCAGCAUCGUAUGUGAGGGGUUCCUCACCUGCGUCUAGAAACGGAAGGGAGGCAAGGUUUGGCAGGAAAUCGAUGUCCCCAACUGCCUCUAGAAGUGUCAGUUCAUCUCAUAGUCAUGACCGAGACCAAUUAAGUUCAUACAGUAGAGGGUCUAUAGCAUCAUCUGGUGAUGAUGAUGUAGACCCUCUACAAUCUAUUCCUCUAAGUGGAUCUACCCUUUCUGUUCCAAGGAGGCUUGGUACAUACACAAAUAACAGGGGGGCAACCUUUAACAAGAAAUCAGCUAGAGUGUUAUCACCAAGUUCUGCUCCAAAACGUUCCUUUGAUGCUGCUCUUCGUCAAAUGGAUCAUCGGAAGAGUCCUCCAAAUAUGUUCAGACCUCUAUUAUCUAGUGUUCCAAGUACCACUUUUUAUGUUGGGAAGGGCAGUUCUGCACAUAGUUCUUUGAUCAAAAAUUCCUCUGUUACCACCAACAGUAAUGCAAAUUGUCAUCAAGGUUCAAGUGCUGUGCUUGAUACUGAAGGAAGUGACCAGCAUGAUGACCUGGCAAGUGAAUCCAGUAGGGGACCUUAUGCCAAUGUUCUAGAAGAGGCUUUUGCCUUUGAUAAGAUGGAUGCAGUACACCAGGAUGCUAGCUAUGAAACACGUAAUGAUUCACUUAAUAUUCUCAUCGAAGAAGCUAAUAGAGACUCUAAAAUCCAAUGUGACCCCGACCACUCUGGGGAGUUUAGUCAUCAUGGUCUUAAAGUGGAAAUGACUUCAAAUUCUGAUGCUCUGUGUAACAGGGGAGAUCUUUCAGAAGUUGAUAGUUUUGAAAAUACAAAAAUUUGUUCUAAUUGUGGUUGCAGGUAUCUUGUAAUUGAGCAGGUUGAAAAAGAAACCAGUCUUUGCACAGAUUGCACUAGGCAACAUGAUACAGUUGCUAGUGACAUUUCUGAUACAGAGAAGUACCCAGGGUUAUUUAUGAAGGCUUCUGAAGAGAAUAAACCCAUUCCUGAAUUGGAAAUCACAAUUCAUCCAUCUGAUUCACCGAUGCAAGUUACUGAUGCAGUUGAACCCUGGAUUUCUCAGCAUGAAAAAACUAUCAAGCAAAGUGAAAAAUUCUCUCAAGAAAAUUCUCUUGGAGGUUCUCUGGCGGAGGGAGGUGAGCAGAGGCUUGGUUAUCAGCAAGAGAUGGCUGAACCAACUGUUGGUUAUUCUAUACUUGAUAGGGAUACUGGAUGUCAGCAGUGGCAUUACUCUGAUGAACAUUCUGGUUUGAAGGUUAAUACAUCAGAAGUUGUAGGUAUUUCAGUGCUGUUAAAGAGGUCAGGCAGUAGCAAGGGGCCUGUUGUUUUAGGUAGGACCUUUUCUACCAUACCAUCAGAAGAUCUUUCUUAUGCAAGAGACAGUUCUAACAGUUUCAGAAGCUCUGUUGGACACGGGAGUGUCUCUGUAUCAUCCUCUGUCGAAUUGAGCUCAUCUAGACAAACUGAUACAUGUGUACAAUUGAAUGCUAGAAAAUAUGAGUUGGAGAAUUACAGAUAUGACUUGAAUUCAAAGCCUCAAAGCUUUACUUUGUCUCAAAGUUCAAGCAAUUAUUACCAAGCAUUAAGUCUUGCAUCUAGCACAAAUGAUGAGAACUUUGAGAGUUCUGUUCGUGGUCAUAAAUUUGAGGAAGCAGAGGAAAUAGCUGUUGUUUCUCAAGCCAAAGCUUCAGAAAAUUCAGAGGCAGAUUCAUCAUUCCCUGGUGCUGCAAUUUCCAAAACUGAUAGUAUUGAGUGGAAUGAAAGUAGCAGAGUAAUCGAUACUUUAACCUCUGAGCCAUUAGAGGACACUUCAGCAGCACCAUUUCCUCUCAAUGAUGAUGGUGGUUCAUAUGAAAACGGAGAUAACUUUUCAAGUAAUGCCAGGAUAACCUCAAGUGUUGAAGCAUUACCUACCACUCUAGAUCCUACUCUUGAAGAACACGGUAUGCAAAAUGAUAUUCGUGAUGGAGUAGAUGCUGUUGAGGGUGCUGGCCACACCUGUUUGACUACAAUCUCAGAAAUAAAAAUUGACAAAUCCUGCCGGAGUUCCUACAGUUCAGAACUUGAUAGUUUGUCUCCAAAUUCUGAGAGGAAAAAGAAGAGAUCCAUGGAUCUGUCUGAUGCUAUACCUUUAGAUGUGGAUAUUACUGCUUCUGUUGAGGAGCAUGAUACGUCAGAUCACGCAGUUGGUGUUUUAGAGGAAUCAACUGGCUUGGUAGAAUGUCGUGGAGGAAGUAAGGCCAGAAGCCUGACACUUGAAGAAGCAACAGACACAAUACUUUUCUGUAGUUCCAUUAUCCAUGAUCUUGCCUACGAGGCAGCUACCAUUGCCAUUGAAAGGGAAAGUUCUGUGCCAUUGGAAGGUUCCAGGCCAACUGUGACGAUCUUGGGGAAAUCCACUUCUGACAGGAAAGAUUUACGUGGGCGAACUGUUGGUAGAUGGACUUCAAAAUCUAAUAAAGUCAGGCAGAGGCGGGUAGAAACUGAUGUAAAAUCUGUGCCUACCAAGACUGUCAAUGAUGAAAAUGCCUAUGAGCCUUCAAAUCAUAAUGUUGAUAUUCCAAAUAAGAUGGACAGUAUGAACCCUCCAAAGCUAGAAUCUAAGUGUAACUGCUCUAUAAUGUGAGAGCGAGCCUUUCAAUCAGACCAAACAUGCAGCGCUUCACCAGCUUCCUUUUGACUUUGCUACCGCAAUCUUAUUUGGAGGGAUUGGCAAGUGCUUUGGAUUUUAAACUCAUUUUGUGGUCAAAUUUAUUGGCAUUGGGUUGUCUGGGUCCAAAUUUAUUUGUAAGAAAUGCCACCGGUUUGUGGUGGUGACAUAAAUUGUAAAGUUGUUUAGGUUGAUAUUAGUAUAGGCAGUACGGGGUGGGGGCAUUUGUGUUUUUGCCCCAUCACUAAAUUUGUUGUUAGUUCAGUGCUUGUUUUGGAUCCUGUUCUUUGUCGGAGAAAGCAUGAAUUAAGACCCUACCCCCUCAUUCAUAUUCAAUUAUUAUGAUUAUUGAAAAUAAUAUGAGCUCAAUUUUGUUA